AUGAACAAGUUGGCUGAAAGUUGGUUCACAGAGUUCUCUCCUGAUGAUCUCGCUAAAUUAGAAAACAAAGACUCUGAUGAUAAAUGCUUGAAAUCCGACGGUGUUUCCAUGGGUGGAGCUUGGCCCGGACAAGCUUUCUCUUUGCAAAUCAAAGAAGUUCUGUUCAAGGGAAGAAGCAAGUUCCAAGACGUUUUAGUGUUUGAAAGCGCUACUUACGGAAAUGUACUCGUGUUAGACGGAAUCAUCCAGGCAACUGAACGAGAUGAGUUCGCCUACCAGGAAAUGCUUGCUCACCUUCCUCUUUUUGCUCAUCCCAAUCCAGAAAAGGUUCUAAUCAUUGGUGGUGGAGACGGAGGAAUUCUUCGAGAAGUUCUCAAGCACAAAUCAGUCCAAUCCGUCGUCAUGUGUGAGAUUGAUGAAAUGGUUAUCGAUGUGUCUAAGAAAUAUUUGCCUGGUAUGGCUAGUGGCUUCAGUGAUCCAAAACUUAACCUCUUCAUUGGAGAUGGCUUCGAGUUUUUGAAGGCUCACAAGAAUGAAUUCGACGUCAUCAUCACAGACUCUUCUGACCCAGUUGGGCCAGCCGAAUCUUUAUUUUCCGAGAACUAUUACAGUCUCCUCAAUGACUCUUUGAAGGCUGAUGGAAUACUUUCAUCACAAGGAGAAUGUAUGUGGCUUCACAAGCAACUAAUCAAUCACAUAGUACGCUUUAACCGCCGUAUAUUCGAGAUAGUCGAAUAUGGAAGUGCUGCUGUUCCAACCUAUCCUUCUGGAUCGAUGGGAUAUCUCAUUUGCUCGAAAAAAUAUGACGUAAAGGUACCUGCUCGUGUUGUGACUGAUGAAGAAGUGGACCAGAUGAACCUACGUUUCUACAAUUCCAGUGUUCAUUCUGCGUGUUUCGCUCUGCCAACAUUUUUACGAAAAGCUCUUGAGGAAUAA